CAACGGCGGCGGCCGCUGAUUGGCCAGUUUGAUUGUAAGCGCGGGAGCCGCCACGACCGUUGUGCAGGACGAGCGAUGGAGGCGCCUCGGCCGUGUCGCGCCGCGCUGCGCAGCGACCUCAAGUACGCGGAGCUGCAGCAACUCGCCAAGCGCUGCGGCAUCAAGGCCAACAAGAAGGCCGAGAAGCUCGUGAAAGAACUGGAAGAGUAUUUCGCAAAUUCCGUUCCAGCGGAGGAGAAGGAAGACUCUGAUGACGAUGCAGCAGCGGUGGAGGUUGAGGAACCAAAACGCAAGAGGUCUAAUCACAGUGCAGAGCAAGAGGACUGCUGUGUUCCAGACCAAGUGGAGCAAGCCACAUACAUGGAGCAGGAUGCAGGGGGCAUGGAACCAGACAAGUUGGAGCAAGAAGAUGAUAGCAUCAAACUUACGGAUGAGGUCCUGCAGCCAUGUGACUUAGAAUUAACAAAUAGCAUGAAUGAAUGUGCUCCACAACAACAAGCCGAGGAUGCGGACGUUGAUGUGCAUGCGGAAUCUUGCGGACAGAAUGAUGCUGUGGUGGAGGUGCGAAAAGAGGCCACGCCAGGGUUGGCACAAAGCGAGGGCAGCGAAUUGUCGCGUGGCUGUGAGAAGGAAGAGGAACAUCAAGGUCAGGGCGCUCUCGCUCUUCAGGAAUCUGAAGAUACCGUUGACAUGCGAGAAUUGGUCAUGGCUGAACUUGAAACAAGACUCAAAAAUAGAGCCCCUACCGAUCCCACAUCUGCAAAGAGAGCUCCUCUGUGGUGCAAGACUCCAAGAGAAGGAGCAGCUCCUCAAGCAAAGAAUACCACACCUGGCACAGGUGGCACGGAUUGGUCCAAGAUUCAUGCAACGCACUUUGGAAAAAUGGAAUCUCUUAACGACUACGUGGAAAGGAAACGUAAACGCAGAGAAGCAAUGGCAUACUCUGCAAAAGUGAUCAAGAUGACAAGGAACGGGCUCUUCAGUCCAGACAAGGUGCUUUUGACGGGAGCUACCGACAAGGACAAAAAAAGCCGCAUUCCAAAACGGAACAUGGCAUUGCCAGGAGCUUCCAAGCCCCUCACCACUCUGAACACCACAGCGUCCGGCAGCAGCAGCCUGGCCAACGCGGCCGUUCGCAAAACCGUGGAAGGCAGCGGCGUCACGGCGGCUUCCAGGUCCGCCGUGCGCGCAGCAAGCUCGCGCAAAUCCAUGCCCAAGUCGGCGGAGCGGCGUUCUCCUCGCCUCCAGCUUUUGAUGGCGCAGAAGGAGGCGAAAUCCAGACCCACCGUGUUCAAGCCCGUCACGUCCACUUCCAAAAUGAAUGUUCGGUUCACCGAGGCUCCCGGCGGAAGACGCAGCAACCCCCCUCGUAGCAGCGUGAAGACCCCCAAGCACGCUGCUCUGUCCAUCGCAAGAGAGAGCAGCUCCCCUGCUGUGCGCCAGCAUCCCACUGCCAGUGCCCAACUUGACAAGUCUUCAGUUGCCCCGUUCAGGUUUGACGGGAUUUCCUCUCCUGCUGGAGCCAAGCGGAAGUCGGCGUUCAACCUGCAAGCCAGCCUUGGCAAACCGUUGAGCUACAAACCUCACAAAGGCAAGCUGAAACCGUGGAAUGCUGGGGACGCGAAGGAGAACGGCACCACUUCACUGCCAGACCGUGCAGGCUACAAGCAGCCCAAGUUGCAAACCAGAGACGACCGGCGGAAGAAAUUUGAGGAGGAGAGAAAGAAUAGAAAGGAGCAGGCAUGCAAUGCCAGGCGAGGAUUUGCCGUGAAAUAAGCUGGCCUGCACUCGGGAUUAUCGGCAUUUGGAUUAUCACCUACUAAUGUCACACACGUUACAACUCGGUGGAGGAAAAAUAAUGCAUAUUUAAAGAAACAAAAAAAGUAGUGUAUAUUGAUACAAUUACAUUUCAAACAGUAUAAGAUAGCUUCAAAAUAUAUAAUUUAUUUCAUAUACAGUAAAACCUUGGAUUGCGAGUAACUUGGUCUGCGAGUGUUUUGCAAGACGAGCAUAUUUUAAUUAAUUAUUAAUUUGAUUAACGAGCGAGGGUUUGCAAUACGAGUAGUACGUGUAUACGCUUUGUCUGCCGAGCAUCACGUGAUCACAACUGAUAUAUGAGUGCUUUGGAUUACAAACACGUUUCUGGAACGAAUUAUGCUCGCAAUACAAGGUUUGACUGUAAUUGAAACUUUCUGAAAUACAUUUGUCAACUUGAUAAAGGUCUGUUCUGUCAUGUGAUGUCCUGAUGGUGGAUAUGUUUAUGGAUAUGUUUAUCCACUAUCAGGACAUCACAUGAUGAUGAUAUGGCCCGGUCUGUAUCCCUGGUGAUGGCCUCCACGGUGCACGGCAGGGAUCUUAAGAUAGAACUCCUGUCCUUGAAACACUAGGACCUUGUUAAAACCUGGGCAGCUGAGUUUUUGUACAUACUGCAGCUUCUCGAUAUAUUUCUUGAGUACUCCGAAGCACAGCAUAGCAAACGACAAUUCUAGAAUAGAUGUUAUUUUUUGGAAGGAGAGUCCCCUUCCAUUAAAACUUCAGGAAGCUGUUAUUCUGGGUUUUUUUCUCUUUUCUGUUUUUUUUCUUGACUUGGACCUGGUUGAGGCUCGCCAGGUUUCAGUUUUACAAAAAACCUGUCCAUUGAAGUUUGUUUUUGCCUUCUAAGAAUGUUCCUGAAGUGUGACAUUGUCUGGUCAUUCCACAAUACUGUACGCGGUGACUCAUCCCGACACAUACAAGUUCUAGCAAGCGUGUCGUAUCCCAAGCAAGACGUAUCCCAAGACAUUUUUUCUCGUAAAAACACGACGUAUAUCAAAUUCGACAUAUUCCAAAGCGGUUGUAUACCGAUGUAUGACUGUGUUUGUGAUGUGUUUUUGGUCUUUGUGGGGCGUUUUGUUGAGAAAAUAUCAACUGGGGGAAGGUGACCCCCUUGUUUAGCGCCCCCCACCCCAUAUAUUGAAGACAAUGGCUGCUCAAAGGAAGACUACGCUUUGUCACUGCCCCCCCCCUCCGCAAAUGACCAACGUAUGCAACGUAGCAUUAGUUUCCGUCGCUACAUAUGGGCUUUCGGUAAGUGUAAAUAAAAUGUUUUCCUUUUGACCUCUCCAAAUAGGUUUUUCAUUUUGCCAAAUUAUUGGGAACUGAAACCUAUUGGUAAUGUUUUGAUAAAUACGCUUUUAGUCUAGGUACAUUUUUAUUAAAAGCUUUGUUUAAUAUACAUUUUUUAUGAUUAAUCUUACGUAAUUACAUGGUGCUUUCUGAUUUUCAAUAACGUGCUUGAAAAUAAGACUGUAUUUGCCUCAAUCCGCUGCUGCAAGGGGAAGUCUGUCAAUACCGUCCGUUGCUGCAUGGCCAUGAGCGGCACUGCUUAUUUUGCCACGUAAUCUGUGUAUCGCCUGCCUUCAAUUGUCAACAACACUGCCUUAAUUCAAAUAUAUAAGGGGUGAAUUUUCAGCCAAUGGCCCUUCAUUGAGGUUAGGGUUUAGUACCCAGAAGGGCCAUUCCCAAUAAUGUACCUUAUUAAAAAAAAAACCUUUAAGGUCAGCGUUCUUCACGAAUUUGGAUUUUUUUGUAACCUGUGCAUGUGCCGCUGUUUAUUUGACCAAUUUCAUAAGUAAUGACCACAAUAAAAUUUGUGUUCUCUAA